CAGCCGGGCAGUGUCUGGGGAAAACCUCAAGCCUCAGCCGAAGGCUUAAAACGUGGAAGUUUUUUGUUCUUAGAGACUCUUCCUUUUGCCGGGACGACCGCGGAGAGGGGAAGCCGAUCUCCGAUUGGGCAGUGUGGACAGCCGCGGCUGCAUUGGUGGUACCACUCCAUUUGGACGCUAUCAUCUCAGUCCCGGAUGAGCUGUACAAAGAAGUAGGAAUGGCCACAAAGGGAACCUGGACCAGAUCAAGCGUGCCCAAAGGGAGUCUGUGCUGGAGGUGACACCAUGUCAAGGGUGUUGAGGGAUCCAUUUUCAAGAACUGAAAGGAGAAAAUACCCAACGCCUGGGAAGAGACACAGACGGCCUCCUGUGAAAUCCACAAGAAGGCUGCUGGGAAUCACUCCUAAAAUCAUGAGGAGAAGUGGCUGAAGGAUGCCAGUGUGGAUCAAUUGGGAGGGGGUCUCGGGGUCCUCCUCCUCCUCAGAGACUUCCAUUCUUCUGCAGUUCUUUCAGAAGAGAGCCCCAACCUGGGGUCUAAGGACAACUAGCCAGACUAUGCAUUAACUACAGUGGACAUCUGUUUGCAAAAACAAAGUUCAGUAUUGUCCCAAGCGUCAGACAAAAUGUUUUAAGGGCAGAUCCUGAAGUGAAAGGAGGACUGGAUGAACCUCAGAAUGUUUGUGAGUGGCCGAAGAAUAAAAAAAUGGCAGUUUGUACAUUUGUUUGCCACUUGCUUCUUACUGAGCCUCAUGUUUUUUUGGGAACCCCUUGAUAAUCAUAUUAUGAGCCAUGUGAAGUCCUACUCUUACAGAUACCUCAUAAAUAGCUACACCUUUGUGAACGACAGCCUGUCCCUCAGGCACAGCUUGGAUAGUGUUGCUGGCUUCCAAUACUUGAUAAAUCAUAAGGAGAAAUGUAGAGAUCAAGAUGUGCUUCUUUUGCUGUUUGUAAAGACCUCUCCCGAAAACCGCAAUCGCCGGGACGCCAUUCGAAAAACAUGGGGCAAUGACAGAUACGUUCGUUCUCAGCUGAAUGCCAACAUUAAGACUCUCUUUGCAUUAGGGAGUCCUAGUAACCCUCUGCAUUCUGAGAAAGAGAGACUGCAAAACGAGCUUUUUGUAGAAGAUCAAGAGUAUAAUGAUUUAAUUCAGCAAGACUUCACUGAUACUUUCUACAAUCUCACUCUGAAAUUGCUUUUGCAGUUCAGAUGGAUAAACACGUACUGUGCACAUGCCAAAUUUGUUAUGUCAGCAGACGAUGACAUAUUUAUCCACACGCCAAAUCUUAUUGAAUACCUUCGAGGUUUAGAACAAACUGGUGUUCAGGAUUUCUGGGUAGGACGAGUCCACAGAGGGUCCCCUCCCGUAAGAGAUAAGAACAGCAAAUACUAUGUCCCAUAUGAAAUGUACCAUUGGCCUUCUUACCCGGACUAUACGGCCGGAGCAGCCUAUGUGAUAUCCAGUGAUGUAGCAGCCAAGGUAUACGAAGCAUCACAAACACUCAAUUCUAGUCUUUACAUAGAUGAUGUGUUCAUGGGUCUGUGUGCCAACAAAAUGAAAAUUGUCCCACAGCAUCAUGUAUUUUUUUCUGGAGAAGGAAAAGCUCCCUAUCAUCCCUGCAUUUAUGAAAAAAUGAUAACAUCUCAUGGACACGUGCAAGACCUUCAGGACCUUUGGGAGGCAGCAACAGAUUCUGAAGUCAAAACGAUUUCUACAGGCUUUUUUGGCCAGAUAUACUGUAGGUUGGUUAAAAUAAUGCUUCUUUGCAAAAUUAAAUAUGUGGACACCUAUCCUUGUACAGCAGCAUUUUACUAAUAGUACUUGAAUAUUGUCUUACACGUCACUGAGCCAAACCUGAAAGAAAACCUUUCAAUGUUUAUCCAACUCCAGAGUGAAUAUUGAAAACAAAUGUUUUGAAAGCUAAGCCUAUCAAAAUGUUUCUUUGAUUUAAAAAAAAUAUAUAUAUAUAUAUAUCCACUCUACAACUUGUUUUGUCGCCUAAAGUUUUAAAUUCCAACUGAAGGAAUUUUAAGACUUGUGAAACAAAAAUAAAAAUGAAGUCUUCACUUAAUGCCCCAUGUAUUUCAAAAGUACAGAGAGUUGGGGGGUUUUUAAGGUGUUGGAACUGUAUUAACUUUAACUUGGAAAAACACCAUUUUAAAGAAAUCUGUCAUGUCCGUGUAACAGUGAAACAUAUCUUAAAGUAAGAGUACUUCAGGGAAGGAAAAUGAACCUGGCAAAUAUUUAUGACAGGGGAGUUGUCAAUGAGGGCCCAGUAGAUUUGGUCAUUAAAAAAAAAGAUUUAGAAGGAAAAAAGGCAUGUCAUUGAAAUAGAUAUUGGCAAAAUAAUUUUUGUUUCACAUCAAUGUAGUAAUAAACUCUAAAUAGCAUUAGACUAGUUUAUAAUCGAGUGGCUUUUUUCCCCUAAUGCUUUAUGAGAAAGGAGCAUGUUUUUUGUACUGUUCUAAUCUCUGCUCUUCAAAAUUUAAGCAUGUUUGAAUUUGAAUAGGAAGAAACAUCACAAAAAAUAGCCUGCUUGCCCACAAAAUCCUUCCUUUUCUAGGGUAAAAUUAGAGUAUAUUCUAAUUUUAGUCAGCUUUUAUUUUAUCGACAUAUUUUGGAUUGAUACCUUAAAUUCUUUUUUCAAAACAAAACUGAGUAUAAAAACUAUUACUAGCUUAGGAAACAGGUAUUCUUUCACAGAAACAAAAAGCUUUGGGUUAUUUUCAGAAGGGUUUCAAGGAUUAAAUUGCUAUCAAAGAAAACUAGUAGAAAAAUUUCAAAAGGAAAGGGUAGCUACAUAUAAAGUCUGUUCUAUUUUUCCCAUCACAUUUAAAUGAUUUAACAUCUAUACAUUAAUCUUAAAAGGAAAAAAAAUUAAGGAGGUAGUAGGAGAAAUCUGUCAGUGCAAAAUUAUUCUAAUCCAUAAAUUCUGUAUUGGCUAUAUACUCUAUUUCAAAUUGGAUGCACAUUUUGAUUUAAUUGAACCUCACAAUCUGCAGCAUUAAAAUCUUCCUCCUUACAUCAAAACUAUUGUCAAUAGCGGACUUCACUUUUUCAGUAUUUCAAACUAGAAAGCAAAAUGGGCUCUUAUUUUGAUAGAAAGUUGGCAAAAUUGAGACCCACAGAGAAUGUAAGACUAAUUCAAAGGAGUAAACGUAUGAUGAUUACAUCCUAAUAGAACAAGGUAUGCCUAAUGUUGUACCUCAAUGCUUGGUUUUUAAAUAGUAGGGAUAAAACUUAACAUGAAUCAAUUUCCUGCAUAAUCUAUUGCAAAGGUAUGCACAGGUCAAAAUGGCAAUUCUUCAAGAUGAAAACUAUAGUGUAGAUCCACUCUGAAGUGGUCUUAACUUAUAUGGCUGCAGAAAAGGCUUAAUCUCGAUUAUUAAACUAUUUCACCAAUAGGAUGUAGCCUGAAAUAAGCAAAAAUAAACUUCCCUUCUAUAUACCUGGCUCGUUAUGUAUUUAAUUUAGCUGCUUACCAGCAGAUAAGCCUGUUUUUUUAUUCCCUAAAGUAAGGCUUGUUCACAUUUCUCAGGCAGUAAUUUAAUUUACUUAAGCCAAUGUUGAACGAAAUAACAUAUAACAAUUAUAGAUAAAUUCCUGGUAGAUUUAAAUUACAGUAGGACUUUUUAUAUCAUUAGAUUUAAGUUUUCUUGCCAUUUUAAAUACUGCGAACGAUACGUAACUUUUAAUAAAGACAAUUUAUACUCUGUGAUCACUUUUCACUAGUUGGUGAUUGAGAUUGAUAUCCCUUUGACUUUUAGAUAUGUGCUAGAUUCAUUUGUAAUGUGUGGCUAUUUAAAUUUGCCAUUGGAUAAAAAUAUCAAUGUUUCCCUGACCAUUGAAAUGCUCUUGUGUUUACAGCAGGUCUGUGCUUUGAUUGCAGCAAGUCUGUUUAGUUAAACAGUUAUUUAUUUGCUUUAAAAGGACUCUCUUGUGCUUUACUGUUCGUGAUUUGUUAUCAUUAUUAUUAUUAUUCUUGCUUCAAAAUACAAAUGAAACUUGUUUGAAUUUAAAGGAAAUAUGAAGGCACUCCUUUUUAAGAAUGGAGUUGCUAGAAACUUUCUUAGUCAUUAGUAUUUACAAAUAAAAGGAUUCCAACCUUUUAAAAAGGAAGGAAAUAAAACCUGUUGGUGCUCCAAUGCAGGGCUGUCAUGGUGUGAAUUUUGUCAUUACUGAAAUUUUAAAAAUCAGCCUGGAUGGUCACUUGAGUAGCAGUUUUGAGAUGAUUGCACACAGUGUUAUUGUUGAAAUUUGUUUUUACCUCUGGUCGUUUUUGUAUCUUUUUCCUUAUUGCUGAUUUUAUACAAAAAUGUAAAAUAUUUAUAUUCAAACUUUGCUCUGAUACUGCAAAAGAGAACUGAGGUGUGUGGUUUUUUGUUUUGUUUCAUUUUGUUUUUGGUAACUCUUUCUAGCA